AUGGCUACUCAACAGCUUUUACUGACUAGGCAAAAGAAAAAGUCCUCUCAGGAAUCCGUGUUGUUCCCCAGCAAAAUUGCCACUGAGCAGCAGUCCGUGGUGCUGGUGAAGAGACUGCUGGCCGUCUCUGUGUCCUGCAUCACCUACAUGAGAGGGCUGUUCCCGGAGAGCUCCUACGGAACUCGCUAUUUAGAUGACCUCUGUCUAAAAAUUCUCCGAGAAGAUAAAAGCUGUCUGGGAUCAUUGCAGAUAGUCAAGUGGAUUCAAGGAUGUUUUGAUGCUUUGGAGAGGCAGUAUUUACACGUUGCUGUCCUCGCAAUUUACACCAAUCCCAAGGAACCGGAGACAGUGACCGAACUGUAUCGAUUCAAAUUCAAGUACACGAAGGAGGUGCCCCGGAUGGACAUCAGCAGCAACCAAGUGAACUUUGUGAAGGGGGUGUGCGGGGAGGACGUUAAACAGGCCAGCAGGCUCCUGAUCCGCAGGCUGUACCUGUUAAUGCAACACCUCGGGCCGCUUCCCAGUGACAUCACCCUGACCAUGAAACUCCUCUACUACAGUGAUGUGACUCCCGAGGACUACCAGCCCCCUGGCUUUAAGGAAGAUGGCAGCCCUGGUGACCUGUUGUUUGAUGGCGAUCCUGUCAACCUGAGAGUAGGGUCAGUCUCCACCGGCUUCCACCUCAUGAAAGUGAGGGUGACAACUGAAAAGAAGAGGAUGGGGACAGUUGAAAGCAACCUGAUCCAAAAGAGCGGCCCUACUGAGAUCUCCUAUCAAGGGUUAGACUGUGAUGAAGAGGAGGAGGAGGGGAGCACAAAGAAUCACCCUCUUCCCAUCAGAGCAGAUUCAAGUGAGCAUGAAGAGAACAAAAACGACACCCAUCCAGGCUGGAAAACAGAAACAUCUUUUCAUCUUCAAGAUACAGGUGGAAAGAAGAGGAUGGCAAUCAAGGAGGCAGGCAGGAUGCCUAGCUCAAGGGCAUCUCAGCAGAUAAGCUGCCUGAACCUUGCGUUUAGCCAGGAAGAGGUAAUAGGACCCAAGAAGAAAAGGAAGGUCAGCGAACCAGAGAAGCUGCUUCUGGAAGGCAGGAAAUGA